AUGUUAAUAAGAAAUUAUAUUAGAUCUAAUGUUUUAAGACAAGUUCCAAUGGGAAGAUUUCCAAUAAGACAAAAAAUUCGUUUAUAUUCCACUCAAGAAGAACAAGUUGAUACAAUAAUGGAUGAUUAUGAACAGAAAGUAUACAAUAUACUUAAAAAUGAAUUUGAUCCAGUGAAUUUACAAGUAAAAGAUGUAUCUGGAGGUUGUGGAAGUAUGUUUGCAAUCAUUGUUGAGAGUUCAAAAUUUAAAGGAUUACCAAUGAUUAAACAACAUCGUUUGGUUAAUGAGAUUCUCAAAGAUGAAAUUAAACAAUGGCAUGGAUUACAAUUGCGUACUAAAGGUGUAUAA